ACAUCAACAAUAUUCUACAUUGUACUUGUAGACUAGUGUCUAGACUAGGCUCAACUUUACACAUCAAUGUAGAUCCAGAUCUACUAGAUCUAGACUAUAUUCAAUAGCAUAAUCGCAAAAACUAGGUGUGUAAACGGUAACACCUUUGAAACUGCGUUGAUUCCUAUAACUACAACAGACUACGCAGUUUACUAAAGACGAAAGUUUAUUUUACUUUUGGAACUAGGGGCUACAUCAUUAAAAUUAAAUUUUUAGGCCUAAAAAAGUAACAUUGGAAAAGUAAUUUUAAUAAAUAUUAUAUUAAAUAUGGAUGUCCAAGAUAUUCAAAUGCAACAAAUCAGGGAAAUUAUGAACCAACGAAACCACCAUGAAGGACUAAUGAUUGGCCUUUUUAAUAAUGACAUGAAUGAUAUAUCUGAUUCGGAACUUGAUCCACCUACUCCAGCAUAUUCCAGUUUGAUGGGUAUCCCAACUUCAUUGUUGUACAAUGGCUCACGAUUUCAAGGACAUCAAAAGAGUAAAGGGAAUCGAUAUGAUGUGGAAGUUGUUUUACAGCAUGUUGAUGUGGAAAAAGCUUUUUUAUGUGGGUAUUUAAAAAUUAAAGGUCUUACAGAUGAAUACCCUACACUGACCACUUAUUUUGAUGGUGAAAUUAUCAGCAGUCGUCAUCCUUUUUUAACACGCAAAUGGGAUGCUGAUGAAGAUGUAGACAGAAAACACUGGGGCAAGUUUGCAUCUUUUCACAACUGUGCAAAAAAUUUCAAUUCUGACAACUUUGAUUAUGAUGCAUUGAAAGCUUCUGAUUAUGUGUAUAUGAGGUGGAAGGAACACUUUCUUGUACCUGAUCAUACAAUUAAAGACAUCAAUGGAGCAUCCUUUGCCGGCUUUUAUUACAUCUGCUUCCAAAAGUCAACAGCUACAAUAGAAGGCUACUACUAUCAUAGAAGCUCUGAAUGGUUUCAGUCUUUAAAUCUUCAGCACGUACAGGAAAGAAAUACAGGAGUGUAUGAAUUCAGAUGAUUUACUGAAGAUAAUAGAGUUGUUCAUGAUGGUACAAAUAUUCUUCCCAUUACAGAUGUGGAUAUUUUUCUUGAAUAAAAAAGUAUUUCUCCUUUGCAAGUGGACAUUAUAAGGAUUGAGAAUAUUAUUCACAUUUGUCAUGCCAACAUCUUAAUACCCUGCUAGUGAUUAACUUCCAAAAGUUCAGUCAUGCCUUUUAUGUUGCAUGAUACUGAGACACCCACUUCUAUAUGAAGAUUUAUAAAAGCCAAAUUGUAAUAUCUAAUACAUACAUUUAUUUCUGUUAUUUAUUUAACCUAUCAAGUUCUGUAUUUGCUUGUUUAUGAGCUGCAUUUUGGGAGAUCAGUUAAUUUUUGUUAAAGCAAAAUUUAACAUAAUCUAAAGGUUGAUGUAAAUGUUGCUUUAAGAACUAAUUAAUAAGUAAAUGUAAAAAAUUAUCGUAAGUACUUAACCAUACUUUCGCAGUACCAGUAUCAUUUUAAACAGUAAGACAAGCAAAUACGUUUGUUAACAAUAUUUAUUUAAAUUUAAAAAAAUAUUUUGUUCAAAUUGUUAUCAGGCAAAAAAGCCUUUGUAAAUUACUAAUUGGAAAAUAUUUAGGUUCAAGAUACUUAUGUAUAAAAACCAUAAAAGUUGUCUGUGAUUUUUUUAAACCUUUUUUUAUACAGAUUUUAUGGUCUGAAUAUAAAUUUUUCAUGAUACUCAGUAACCAGAGCAAGUGAAAAAAAUGUUAAAUGUUAUGUUAAGUAUAGUAGGUUAUAUUUAAAUAAGGUGCUACUACUUUCUGUUAAUGUUUUCAUGGUCAGUUCAUUUUCAUGAAUUUAAUAAUUAACAGCAGUCUAAUUAACACGGAAAAUUUGAGUCUACAUUUUUGUUAGAAAAAUAUUUAUUAAUAGUGUAUAUUUAUUGGAUAAUGUUAGUAUUUGAAUAAGGCAUAGUUUCUACUAUAAAACUGUAACAGAUGCUACAUUGUAAAAAUCAAUAAAAAUUCUAUGUGUAUCAACAUGCUUAAUUU